AUGGGUAUUUUAUCAGCAGUCACAGCUAAUGCCAUUAUUUGGCCAACUUAUAUGGUCCUUCUAAUAUCAGCCUCCGCUAUAGCGUAUUGGAAACGUGACUCCAAAUCAUUUCUGUCCUCCAAUGGUACGCAGAAAGCGUUACCAUUGGCAUUCAAUUUUGUCGCUUCAGGGUUAGGUUGUGGUGUUCUCUCUGCUUACCCACAAAUUGCAAAUAUCGAUGGGUUACAUGGAUUGCUGGUGUAUGCCAUCUCAGGUGGUCUCCCCAUGUUCGUCUUUGCAUGGUUAGGUCCUUUAAUUAGGAAGAAGACUCCGAAGGGGUUCGUUCUCACUGAAUGGGUCUUUCACCGUUUCGGUUUGAUAUGUGGUUGGUAUUUGAGUGCAUGCACCAUCCUGACCGUUUAUCUUUUCCUCGUCAGUGAAGUGGCCAGUUUGAAAUAUUGUAUUGAAACCAUGACAACCAUCAAGGCAUUACCUGUCAUUAUUAUCGAAUGUGUUGUAACAACCAUUUAUACUUCCAUUGGUGGGUUCAAUAUUUCAUUCAUCACAGAUUUCUUACAAGUGUCUACUGUUUUUGUCUUAUUAAUUAUCGUUGCAUGUGCCAUGGGUAGUUACAUUGAAAUCGAUCGAUCAUUAAUUGGUCCCUCAGGACUUUUAAAACAGAACAAAUUGGGUUGGCAAUUAGUUUACAUUUUAACUUUUGCUAUCUUUACCAAUGAUUUCUUCAUGAGUGGGUUUUGGCUACGUACCUUUGCCUCUAGAUCAGACAAGGAUUUAAUGAUUGGUUGUUCAGUCGCAUGUGUCAUCUUGGUGGUAUUCUGUACCGUGGUUGGUGUCACUGGUUUCAUUGCCGUAUGGGCUGGUUUAGUACAAGUUGCGGACGAAGAGAACUCAGGAGCUGCCUUUUUUAUUUUGCUGGCACAAUUACCAACAUGGGUUAUGGGAUUCACUAUGGUUUUUGUCACUGUUUUAUCCACAUGUACUUUAGAUUCUUUACAAAGUGCCCUCGUGUCCACCAUAUCUAAUGAUGUCUUCAGAAAUAGAUUGCAUAUUAUGUGGGUUCGUGGGAUUGUCGUCUUAAUCAUGGUCCCCGUGGUGGUGGUUGGUUUAAUUGCAGAGAACGUCCUAAACAUAUAUUUGAUUGUGGAUUUAUUAUCCAGUAGUGUGGUUCCUGUUUUAGUUCUUGGGUUUUGGUCCAAAUUUGAUGAUCUUUGGACCGCUUGGGAAGUUAUUGGAGGUGGACUUGGUGGUAUCUUAUCUGUUUGGAUCUUUGGUACCGUGUACUAUCAUUCCGCUCGUGAAGGUGGUAGAUUGUUAUUAAUUUCUAAUGGGUUGUAUGUGGAUGAUUGGAGUACAUUCGGUGCAUUUGUCGUGGCUCCCGGUGGUGGGUUAGUGUUUAGUGGAUUUAUCUUAGUUAUUAGAUUGAUCUGUGUUAGACUUUACAAGGAUGAAGAAGGGUUAUUCCAUCGUGUCUGUAAAAAGAUUGGCGAUUGUACCGGUUUAACCAAAUUAUGUCAAUUGAACGAUUGGGCUGAAGAUUACCUCUUGAAGGGCACUUUUGAUACUGAUGACGAUGAGGAUACUGUCACAGCUAGUGAAAUUCAAGAGAAUAUCGAUGAGAGUGAUAACGGCAGUUUGAAGGAUCAAGUGGAUGUCCAUGAAAGAAUUACUUUUUCCCGUACGAACUCUGAAAGUUCCAAGAAGGAGGUGGUUGUCAACAGCAUUACUCUUCCGCAAGAUUAG